AUGGCUCAGGAGACAAACCAAACCCAGGUGCCUCUGUUGUGCACCACAGGCUGUGGAUUUUAUGGCAGCCCCCGGACCAACGGGAUGUGCUCCGUUUGCUAUAAGGAGUUUCUACAGAGACAGCAGAGCAGUGAUCGGAUAAGCCCCCCAGCGCCCAGUGGUCCCAACAGCAGCCCCACGGCUUCAGAUUCAAUUGCAGGGCAGUGUGCAGAGGGAGACCCCGCGCCUGAGGAUGCAAAAGCCAGUGCUCAGACUCCUGUGACCCAUCAGAUGACGGCCAUGAGCAUAUCCAGAGAAGAAAACAGCAGCGAGACAGAAGAAUUCAUCAAGACAGAAGAAGCCUCAUCAGCAUCUUCCUCAUCAGGUACCCUGCUUGAAAUAUCCCAGAACACAGCUGAGGGCAAGACAACUUCAGAAAAACCGAAACAGAAGAAGAAUCGCUGCUUCACUUGCCGGAAGAAGAUAGGGCUAACUGGCUUCGACUGCCGCUGUGGGAACCUGUUCUGUGCCAUUCACCGGUAUUCCGACAUGCACGCCUGCCCCUACGACUACAAAGCAGAAGCUGCCGAGAAGAUCCGUAAGGAGAACCCCAUCGUCAUUGCUGAGAAGAUCCAGAAGUUGUGAAGGGGACUGAGCAGCUUGAACUGCAGACAGGUGGUCUGGUGCUCCUCCCCUUCCUCCCAGCCUUCCUCUUCCUCCCAG